CAAAGCAAAAGCAGGAGAUAAAAAUAACAGUUAAAGUAAAGCAAAGCAAAGAACACGUAAUAUAAGACGCGCGCGAAGAAGCGGUUUUGUUAUAACGGCGUUUUUAUUGUGUCUCUAUUUACACACAAACUUUUUAUUUAGUGAGAGAAAAAUCAAAAUCCACCAAAUUUCUUACCCACCUCAAUUUUUUAGAGAGAGAAACACUGGUUUUUCAGCUGAUUUUAAGUCGUUUUGUAACCGUUCUAAGUGGUUUAGCGUUACUUCUUUUAAUUUCUUGGGAUCUUUGGAUCGUUACAGAGUUGAAGAUAAGAGUAACCGGUGUAAUUAUUGCUGAUUUAAGUGUAUAUAUUAAGAGUAAUUUUAAAGGGUGUUGAGAAAGUUUGAAUCUCUUUGUUGUUGACUUGGAUUUUGUUCUAAAAUGAUGGCUUCAAAUCGGGUCGGGUCGUUUUCUCAGGGUGGUAAUGAAGGUAGAAGCGGUGGAGAUGAUCUGUAUACUGACUUAUGGAAGGCUUGUGCGGGCCCACUUGUGGAUGUUCCUAAGGAUGGUGAAAGAGUGUUCUAUUUUCCUCAGGGUCAUAUGGAACAGUUGGAGGCAUCUACAAAUCAGGAGUUGAAUCAAAGGGUUCCUCUGUUUAAUCUUCCUUCCAAGAUCCUUUGCCGUGUUCUUCAUAUUCAGCUUCUGGCGGAGCAAGAGACAGAUGAAGUUUAUGCACAAAUUACUUUGCUGCCAGAAGCAGAUCAAACUGAGCCUACCAGUCCAGAUCCAUGCCCAGCGGAGCUGUCAAGACCUUCAAUUCACUCCUUUUGCAAGGUUUUAACUGCUUCUGAUACUAGCACUCAUGGGGGAUUUUCUGUUCUCCGUAAACAUGCUACUGAAUGCCUUCCACCGCUGGACAUGGCCCAACCAACUCCAACACAGGAAUUGGUGGCCAAGGAUCUUCACGGUUAUGAGUGGAGGUUUAAGCAUAUAUUCAGAGGACAACCACGGAGGCACUUGCUCACGACAGGUUGGAGUACAUUUGUUACUUCUAAGAGAUUAGUUGCUGGGGAUUCAUUUGUCUUCCUCAGGGGGGAGAAUGGUGAGUUGCGUGUUGGAGUGAGACGAGUUGCUCGUCAACAGAGCAGUAUGCCAUCAUCUGUGAUAUCAAGUCAGAGCAUGCACCUCGGAGUGCUAGCAACAGCAUCUCAUGCUGUUGCAACGCAAACUCUUUUUGUGGUCUAUUAUAAACCGAGGACAAGCCAGUUCAUUAUAGGCUUGAACAAAUAUUUAGAGGCUGUCAACAAUAAGUUUGCAGUGGGCAUGAGAUAUAAAAUGAGGUUUGAAGGCGAGGAUUCUCCUGAAAGAAGAUUUUCAGGUACAAUUGUUGGAGUUGAAGAUUUUUCUCCUCACUGGGCUGAUUCCAAAUGGCGUCACUUGAAAGUUCAGUGGGAUGAACCUGCAUCUAUUCCAAGGCCUGAUAAGGUUUCCCCAUGGGAAAUAGAAUCAUUUGUGGCCUCAGUUCCAUCAAACAUGACUCAACCAGUCCCAGUGAAAAACAAAAGGCCCCGACCACCAGUUGAAAUUCCCACUCUUGAUGUAUCUACAGCUGCAUCACCCCCUUGGAAUUCUCGAUUGACGCAUUCCCAUGAUUUAACGCGAUUGAGUGCUACUGCUGAAGGCAGAAGGAAUGAGAACCAUAUCAUGUGGCAUCAAAAUCAGACUGAUGUUAACAGCCAUAUCACUUCUAUGCCGAGGACUCCAACUGAAGGGGGUUGGCUAUCUUCCUCACGUAUGAAUAUUUCUCCGCAUCUAUUCCAGGAAGAAGACAGCAAAAGUGUCUCCAACUGGCCUGCUGUCUCAGGCUAUUCAACUCUGCAGUCGUCAAAGUUGAAUGAACCAAUCCUUGACCCUGUGGAGAAAGUAAGAAAAUCAGAGGCAACUAAUAGUUGCCGAUUAUUCGGCAUUGAUCUCAUAAAUCAUUCUGAACCAAUCAGUUUGUCUUGUGGCACUACUGAAGCACACGUCUUGACUACUGUGUCAGCAGCCGAGUCUGAUCAAAAAUCUGAUAUAUCCAAAGAAAGGAAACUGGAACAGUUGCAUGUCUCACCAAGAGAUGUUCUUAGCAGGCAGAAUUCUGCUCUCACAAGAAGUCGCACCAAGGUUCAAAUGCAGGGUUUUGCUGUUGGCCGGGCAAUUGACUUGACCAUGGUAAGAGGGUAUGACCAGCUUUUAGACGAGCUAGAGGAGAUGUUUGACAUUAAGGGGCAACUGCACCCUCGGGAUAAGUGGGAAAUUGUUUACACUGACGACGAAGGGGAUAUGAUGCUUGUUGGAGAUGAUCCAUGGCCUGAAUUCUGCAACAUGGUUAGAAGAAUCUUAAUAUGCUCAAGUCAGGAUGUGAAGAAGAUGACAACCGGAAGCAAACUACCAAUGUCCGCAAUGGAAGGCGACGGGACUGUAAUAAGCUCAGAUUCAGCUGAUAACUAAGUCACGGGGCUACAGCUUUCCAGUUUCCGCCAGUUAUGUUAUUUUUUUCUCGUGGCUUGCUGUUGUUGUUUGUUUUCCGGGUUACGUAGGGUUGCAUCUGGAGGAAAUGAUUAGAGGGAAGAUUGGCUAGUAGCAAGGCUCAGUUUUUGUUUAGAGCUAACUACCUAAAAGAGACUCUAAAAGAUUAAUAUUUAACUCCGGUUCUAAUGUAGUGGGAUAGUCUGUACAUGUUUUAGUAUUUGAUGGUAGAGUGUCUGUAAAUAUAUUUGGAAAAUGUAAUUUUGGUUCUUGGAGUGGGAAGUGCCAGCUCUCUAUAAUGGGCUCUACCUCUACGGAAUAAUUAGCAACUGGAUGGUGGUGGAAGUGCAGAGCAGUGACCCAUUUCCUUUUAUGUGUGCUGCUCUGAGCACUGUGGUGUCACGGGUUUGUGUUGUGCGGUGUGGUCUCAUUUUUAUUGCUUUGUUUGGGCAGGCAAAACAUGAUGUACAAUGUAAUGGCCCCAUGGGAUGGGAAGGACAGUGUUGUGCUCUCUGUUGUGUUCCAUGUGUUGGUCUCAUUACUUCUGCAACACUUUUACUUUCCUUCA